CCUGUGGUCCAGAUUGAGGUGAGAGGUGAGGCGUCUGUCUGGAAAAGUCUUGUCAUAAUGGACAGUUCGAGGAACUGCUUCUGCACCAUGCUGCUGCUGCUCCUUCUGAGUAAUCUGGUCACAGCCUUUGAGGUUCCCCUUGACCUGCCGCAGCCUCCAACCAUAACCAAUCAGUCCCCCAAAGAUUACAUUGUUGAUCCACGGGAGAAUAUCGUCAUCCACUGCGAGGCUAAAGGAAAACCACAUCCAAGCUUCUCCUGGACCAAAAAUGGCAUACAUUUUGAUAUUGAUACGGACUCUAAAGUGACCAUGAAGCCUCAUUCAGGCACUCUGGUUAUUGACAUCAAUGGAGGGGAGAAAGUCGAUGGUUAUGAAGGUGUCUACCAGUGUACUGCACGCAAUGAGCACGGGACUGCUGUCUCAAACAACAUUGUCAUUCGCCAGUCAAGAUCACCCUUAUGGUCAAAAGAGAGGAUCAAGCCAGUCAUCAUAGAAGAGGGAAGGUCUCUGGUGCUGCCGUGCAGACCUCCUGCAGGACUUCCUCCCCCCAUUGUCUUCUGGAUGGACAAUAAUUUCCAGAGGCUUCUGCAAAGCAGACGAGUGUCUCAGGGCCUGAACGGUGACCUCUACUUCUCCAAUGUGGUGACGGGAGAUUCCAGAAAUGACUACAUCUGUUACGCACGCUUCCCCCACACACAGACCAUUCAGCAGAAACAGCCCAUCACCGUUCGUGUCCUUAACAAUAAACCAGUAGAGGAACGACAACCUUCAUUUUUGGUUCCUACUGGUUCCACCAGCUCAAAGAUGGUUCUUAGAGGACAGAUUCUGGAGCUGGAGUGCAUUGCAGAAGGACUUCCUACUCCAAUGAUCUCUUGGAGCAAGUUUGGUGGUGAACUCCCCACUAAAAGAAUCUCCUUCCAGAAUUUUAAUAAAACUCUCCAGAUCAAGGACGUUUCUGAGGAAGAUAUUGGAGAUUACCGCUGCAAAGCCAAGAACAGCCUGGGCUCCAUCCACCACACAAUUCAAGUGACUGUGAAAGCUGCUCCAUACUGGAUCAGUGCUCCCCGAAAUCUUGUCUUGCCUCCACAGGGGACAGGGAUGUUGACAUGCAGAGCAAGAGGGACCCCCAAACCCACCAUCACUUGGUUUAUGAAUGGGGUACCCAUUGAAAAUUCUCCUGUGGACCCUAGCAGAAAAGUGGAAAAUGAUACCAUUAUUUUUACUGAGAUUCAAACUGGCUCCAGCGCUGUUUAUCAGUGUAAUGUGUCCAAUGAACAUGGAUAUCUACUUGCCAACGCCUUUGUCAAUGUACUGGCCGAGCCUCCUAGAAUACUAACCCCACAUAAUAAAGUUUACCAAGUCAUCAUCAACAGGCCUGCUCUCUUGGACUGUGCAUCUUUUGGCUCCCCUAUUCCUGAAGUCAAAUGGUUUAAGAACAGCCAUUCAAGUUUCUUGGAAGGAGACCCAUAUGUGUUCCAUAAGAAUGGAACUCUGGAGAUCCCUGUGGCACAGACAAUGAAUAGUGGCAAAUACACAUGUGUUGCUAGAAACACCCUGGGCAUCUCUGAGAAUCGUGUGUACUUAGAAGUCAAAGAGCCUACGCGGAUUCUGAAGCAACCUGCUUAUAGGGUCAUCCAGAGAAACAGAGAUGUUGUUUUUGAAUGUACAGUAAAGCAUGACCCAUCUCUCUUUCCCACCAUGACCUGGCUCAAAGACAAUGGAGAGCUUCCUGAUGAUGACAGGUUCAUUGUGGGCUCAGACAGCCUUACUAUUGUGGAUGUAACAGAGAGCGAUGAAGGAACGUACACCUGCAUCAUGAACACCACUCUAGACCAUGAUUCUGCCAGCGCUCAACUCACUGUUGUUGAACAACCAGAUGCUCCUACAGAUCUAGAGUUAACUGACCUGGCAGCACGGAGUGUCCAGCUCACAUGGACUCCUGGAGACGAGCACAACAGCCCUAUCCAGAAAUUCCUGAUUCAGUAUGAGGACACUCUUCAUGACAGCGGCACAUGGCACAACCUGACACAUGUGCCUGGUACUAAGACUACUGCUCAUCUUAAGCUGUCCCCGUAUGUGCAUUACAAGUUCAGAGUCCUGGCUCUAAAUAGUGUUGGCUAUAGUCAGCCCAGCCAACCCUCCCGUCUGUACAAAACCAACCCUGCAGUUCCUGAUGAGAAUCCUGCUGAAGUCCAAGGCAUGGGCACAGAACAUAACAAUUUGGUUAUAUCAUGGAAGCCGUUGACAGGUCUUCAGUCGAAUGGCCCUGGCCUGCAGUACAAAGUAAUGUGGAGACAGAAGGACAUGGACAAUGAUUGGACCUCUGAGAUAGUGUCCAAUGUUUCAAAGUUUGUAGUGUCUGGAACACCCACAUUUGUGCCAUACGAGAUAAAAGUGCAGGCUCUGAACAUAUAUGGUCAUGCAUCAGAUCCUGCAGUCUUCAUCGGUUACUCUGGAGAGGACUUGCCAGUGGCAGCCCCAGAAAAUGUGCAUGUUAUGGUGAAGAACACCUCUUUUGCUGAAGUGUCCUGGGAUUCAGUACCACCAAAAUUGGUGCGUGGAAGAGUACAAGGCUACAAGGUGUAUUAUUGGAGAGUAAAAGGCCUACACAAGCACCAUGGCCAUGCACACGCCCAGCACAUGGAUCAGCAAACACUGACCUUCACUGGCAACAGGAGCCAUGGCAUACUUCCUGGUCUGCAGCCCUACAGCGUCUACAAACUCAACAUCAAAGUCUUUAAUGGAAAGGGAGAGGGGCCGGCCAGUGCCAACAGAGAGUUUGAAACUCCCGAGGGAGUUCCUGGUCAACCAGCUUUCCUCAGGAUAAUUAACAGUGAUCUAGAUGCUCUAACUCUGGAGUGGGGGCCUCCUCAUGAGCGGAAUGGGCAUCUCACAGGGUACAGCCUUAAAUAUCAGUCAAUCAAUAACACCAAUGAACUUGGCCAGCUGGAUGAGUUAAUCAUCCCUGCCAACGAGACCAGCAUUACUCUGAAUAACCUCCAGUACAGCACCCACUACAAGUUUUAUUUCAGUGCUAAAACACAGAGGGGAACAGGCCCCAGCAUUACCGAGGAGUUUGCUACAAUAACGGAUGGAGGGAUUCCAGCUUCCCCCCAACCAGUCUCCCCAACUUCUCAGUCUCUACAACCCCCUCUUCAUAAGGCUUAUCCAGUGUCUCCAGUGUUUGGAAACGUUAGCUCAUCUCUGGUCGAUGAUGGAGCAUUAAUCAGUUGGGAGUACUGGGGACCUGAAAAACACAUUUAUGUUGAAUAUAUUGUAGACAACAGCAAUGAAGACUGGCAAAAAGAGAUGGUAAAUGGAUCACAGUCCCAUGUCCUUAAAGGUUUAAAGGAAGGGCUGGCAUACAAAGUGCGUGUGGUGGCUAAAAGCCACACCAACCAAACAGUCCACCACUCUAAGGAGCUAUUGUUUACGGUACCAGCUAUAGCCAGUAUGCAGGGAGAUAUUGCUACCCAAGGCUGGUUUAUUGGUCUCAUGUGUGCCAUUGCCCUCCUUAUCCUGGUUCUCCUUAUCGCCUGCUUUAUCAGGAGGAACAAAGGGGGGAAAUACCCAGUCAAAGAGAAGGAGGCUGCGCAUGCAGACCCUGAGUUCCAGCCAAUGAAGGACGAUGAUAUAAUUUUUGGAGAGUACAGUGACAGUGAGGACCAUAAACCAUUAAAAGGAAGCCGCACGCCGUCCAGUGGCACCGUAAAGCGAGACGACAGUGAUGACAGUUUAGUUGACUACGGGGAAGCAGGAGAUGGACAGUUCAACGAGGACGGCUCUUUCAUUGGCCAGUAUAGUGGAAAGACUGACAGGGACACUGUGCAGGGACACGAGAGCUCAGAGGCCCCCUCACCUGUUAAUGCAAUGAAUUCUUUUGUUUAAGCAGGAAAAUUA